AUGGCAGCCGACAUUUGUGAGAGAUUCCAUUUUGCAUUAUGUGGUAUGUACUAUGACGCUAUUGGGAUCUUUGGUUACGUGAAUUUUUUGGUCGAUAAGACCAGAGGUGAAAUCAUCACUACCUUAUUAGAUGGUUUACAACGGUUAGAAUAUCGUGGAUACGAUUCAGCAGGGAUCGCUAUUGAUGAUGAUUCAAGAAACUCAACCAUGAUCAUUAGAGAAGUGGGUAAAGUUAAUGGAUUAAGAGAAAAAGUCGCCGCUACUGAUUUGGACUCUUCGGUUGUUUUUGAUAACCAUUGUGGUAUUGCUCACACAAGAUGGGCUACUCAUGGUAGUCCAAAGGUUGAAAAUUGCCAUCCUCAACGUUCUGAUCCAUCUGGUGAGUUCGUUGUUAUUCAUAAUGGUAUUAUCACCAAUUUCCAAGCUUUGAAAACCUUGUUGACCAGUAAAGGAUUCCAAUUUGAAUCUGAAACUGAUACUGAAUGUAUCGCAAAGUUAUUUAAGCACGUUUAUGACACUAAUUUGAAAGCUGGAAUCACUUUAGAUUUCAAUGAGUUAACCAAACAAGUUCUUUUCGAAUUAGAAGGUACCUAUGGUUUAUUAGUUAAAUCAACCCAUUUUCCCGGUGAAGUAUGUGGUACUAGAAAGGGGUCUCCACUUUUGGUUGGUGUUAAGACCGAAAAGAAAUUGAAGGUUGAUUUUGUUGAUGUCGAAUUCUUCACUGAGCAACAAACAAAUGAAUUGUUGAUGGCUACUGCUCAAGACAAUUUGAGAACUUCACAAUCUAGAGCCUUUUUGGCCGAUGAUGGAAUCCCAAUGCCAGUUGAAUUCUUUUUAAGUUCAGACCCUGCUUCUGUUAUUCAACACACCAAAAAGGUUUUGUUCUUGGAAGAUGAUGAUAUUGCUCACAUCUAUGAUGGUGAAUUGCACAUCCAUAGAGCUAAGAAAUCAGCUGAAGAUACUACUGUUAGACCAAUUCAAACUUUGGAAAUGGAAUUGAAUGAAAUUAUGAAGGGUCCUUAUAAGCAUUUCAUGCAAAAAGAAAUCUUUGAACAACCUGAUUCCACUUUCAACACCAUGAGAGGUCGUCUUGAUUUUGAGAACAAUAUUGUCACCUUGGGUGGAUUAAGAUCUUUCUUACCAACCAUUAGAAGAUGCAGGCGUAUCUUGAUGAUUGCUUGUGGUACUUCUUAUCAUUCAUGUUUAGCCACAAGAUCUAUUUUUGAAGAGUUAACUGAAAUCCCAGUGACCGUUGAUUUAGCUUCUGAUUUUUUGGAUCGUAAAUCUCCUGUUUUCAGAGACGAUACUUGUGUUUUCGUUUCCCAGUCCGGUGAAACUGCUGACUCCAUCUUGGCCUUACAAUAUUGUUUGGAAAGAGGUGCGUUGACUGUUGGUAUUGUCAACUCUGUUGGCUCUUCCAUGUCAAGACAAACACAUUGUGGUGUUCACAUUAAUGCUGGACCCGAAAUCGGUGUUGCCUCUACCAAGGCUUAUACUUCUCAAUUCAUUGCCUUAGUCAUGGUUGCCUUGAGUUUGUCCAAUGAUUCUAUUUCCAAGGCUAGAAGACAUGCUGAAAUCAUACAGGGCUUACAAAAGAUUCCUGAACAAAUCAAGACAGUCUUGAAAUUGGAAGAUAAAAUUAAGGAUUUGUGUAAUACCACUUUGAACAAUCAAAAGUCACUUUUGUUAUUGGGUAGAGGUUACCAAUUUGCUACUGCAUUAGAAGGUGCCUUAAAGAUUAAGGAAAUUUCAUAUAUGCAUUCUGAAGGUGUUUUGGCCGGUGAAUUGAAGCAUGGUGUUUUGGCAUUAGUUGAUGAUAAAUUACCAAUCAUUGCCUUUGCUACCAGAGAUUCAUUGUUCCCCAAAACCAUGUCAGCCAUUGAACAAGUCACUGCUAGAGACGGUAGACCAAUUGUCAUCUGUAAUGAGGGUGAUGCUAUUGCUAAGAAUGAAAAGGUUUUCGCUACCUUGGAGGUUCCCGAAACCGUUGAUUGUUUACAAGGUUUAUUAAAUGUUAUUCCUUUACAAUUGAUGAGUUACUGGCUAGCUGAAAACAAGGGUAUCGACGUUGAUUUCCCCAGAAACUUGGCCAAGUCUGUUACCGUUGAAUAG